AGGAACAAGCUUGUGGCAAAACUGAAAGUCAGAUCUGGACACAUGGCGACUGCAGGAAAGGUGAUUAAAUGCAAAGCCGCAAUCAUCUGGGAAGUUGGCCAAAUGCCUUCUGUUGAGGAGGUGGAGGUGGCACCACCAAAAAGCCAAGAAAUUCGGGUGAAGAUAGUGGCCACUGGGAUCUGUGCGACAGAUUAUCAUGUAGUGAAAGGCAUUUUUCCUAAUGUUGACUACCCAGUUAUUGCGGGUCACGAAGGAGCUGGAAUUGUUGAAAGUAUUGGAUCAGGAGUCACUUGUGUACAGCCAGGUGACAAAGUCAUUCCUCUCUGUGUUCCCCAGUGUGGAGAAUGCGACUGUUGUUUAAGUCCUAAAGCUAACUGUUGCCUCAAGGCCCACCUCUAUAAACCUGUUCAAAACCUGAUGCCAGAUAAGACCAGCAGGUUCACCUGCAGAGGGAAACAGAUCCACCACUUCCAGUGGACAAGCACCUUCUCCGAAUACACGGUUGUGCCUGAGGUUUCCAUUGCAAAAAUCGGCAAUGAUGCUCCACUGGAUAAAAUUCCCCUCUUUGGCUGUGGGUUUUCUACUGGCUAUGGAGCUGCCACCAAUUCUGCCCGGGUUGAGCCUGGUUCUACCUGUGCUGUCUUUGGCUUGGGAGGUGUCGGUCUGUCUGUUGUCAUGGGCUGCAAAGUCGCUGGAGCAUCCAGGAUUAUUGGGAUUGACAUCAACAAAGAUAAAUUUACUAAGGCCAAAGAGUUAGGAGCCACAGAAUGCAUUGCUCCUCAAGAUUUCAAGAAGCCCAUGAAUGAGGUUCUGGUAGAGAUGACAGGUCUUGGCGUGGACUAUGCAUUUGAAGUGAUUGGACGCACAGACACUGCGGUCACUGCCCUUAAAUCCUGCCAUUUGGGCCAUGGCACCUGUGUGCUGGUUGGGGUACCUCCUGCAGGAUCACAACUCUCCAUCGAACCUAUUCUGCUCCUCACAGGAAGGAAAUUAAUAGGAAGUUUGCUUGGAGGUUGGAAGUUAAAAGAUGCUCUCCCUAAACUGGUUUCUGAUUACAUGAACAAGAAAUUUAAUACAGAUUCAUUAAUAACUCACACGUUGCCUUUUGAGAAAAUUGCUGAAGGCUUUGAGCUUUUAGUUGCAGGAAAAAGGUAUGGGUUCUAUAUUUUAUUUUUUACACUUUCCCCCUUCCUUCCUUUCUUCCAAUCAGUAGCAGAUAGAAUGGUGGAGUGGCAGCGCUUGGUUGACCUCCCAAUAGCUAUGGGGUAUAACGUUGGAAAAUGUCAAUCACUUCUCCUACCUAGGCAGUUAUCUUUCCACAAGGGCCAACAUUGAUGUCGAAAUCCAGCAUCGCCGGGACAUUCGCAGGAAAACCAAAAUGCUUGUUUACAAAGCUAUUGUAUUACCACCCUUACUAUAUGCUUUGUGAAACAUGGACCGCUUAUAAACGCCAUCUCCAGCUCCUCAAAAGAUUCCAUCAACGGUGUCUCUGAAAAUUUUUACACAUCACUUGGGAAGACAGGUGAACUAAUAUCAGUGUACUGGAAGAAGCAAAUAUCACCAGUGUUGAAGCAAUGAUUCUUCAACAUCAACUUCGUUGGACUGGUCAUGUUGUGCGGAUGCCUGAUGAUCGUCUUCCAAAGCAACUACUCUAUUCCGAACUUAAAAAUGGAAAACAUAAUGCUGGUGGUCAACAAAAGAGGUUUAAAGACUGUGUCAAGGCAAAUCUUUAAAAGUGUAGUAUAAACACUGACAACUGGGAAACACAGGCCUGUGAGCGCUGCAGUUGGAGAACUGCCUUUACCAAAGGUGUCAUGGGCUUUGAAGACACACAAACUCAGGACGCAAGGGAGAAACGUGCUAAAAGGAAGGCAUGCUUGGCAAAUCCACACCAUGAUCAACUCCUGCCUGGAAACCAAUGUCCCCACUGUGGAAGGACGUGUGGAUCCAGAAUUGGCCUCCACAGUUUCUUACGGAUCCACUGUUAAAACCGUGUUUAUGGAAGACAUUCUUACUCGGUUACGAGUGAUUGCCAAAGAAGAAGAUAAAGUCUCUAAGCAAAGUCAAGGCUGUUGCUAUGAUUUCUCUUGAUGUCUAUAUUGCUAGGGUGCUUUCUUAUAU